UCAACGGUAUGAGUUCUGUUCAUAAGAUCUUCAGAAGGAGUGCAGAUCCCGAUGACGUCACUGAUACUCCACCGCUUACGUAUGAUUCUGAAUUUGAUCCGAACUUUGUUCCACCGACUCCAACUUGGCAUAAUGGAUGGACUGAACAGUCUGCUCGAGUGGUCUGCGAGAAAGCAAUACUGAAUGAUCCAGCCAAAAUAGAAUGUCAAAAGCACAUUUCAAUGGACAACAAAUCCAGUAUUGCCAUUGAAGAAUGUAUUCUUGAUAUAAGGGAUGCUGGAACUACAGAAUUCCUCAGUCAUACUAUAGAAUCACUUAAAGAAUCAUGUUUUGAGGAGGUCAAGAGAUACGAAGUCUUUUACGAGACCAGUAGUAAGGAAGAACCGUCAGUUGUAGAAAUUAUUGGUAAACUUGCUUGUCCGAAUAACUGCUCGGCUAAUGGGGUUUGCAAUGAAGGUGUCUGUACAUGUGAUGAUUUGUUUGUGGAUGUUGACUGUUCACAUGAAAAAGCAUCUCCUCCCGUUAAUACCACCUUACCGGAAAAUGGCUUGUGCAAAACAUCCGAAAGACCAUGUGCAAAGACGAACAUAUAUGGCCAUUUUUUGUCGGAAACAGUCUACGUAAAAUUAAAGUAUUUUUUGAUAACUAAUAUUGAUGAGGUGGUCAUGCUGUCUACGCACACAACGAUAGCCACGUACAUAGGACCUACUGUUAUACAGGCAGUCUUUCCAAGUAGCUUGAGAAGAAAACGAUCCCCAACCGAAAUUGUAUAUGGGAAUGGUUUUGAUAUCAGUCUGUCAUAUGACGAUGUCAACUACGGCGAAUCUAUGUCAUUAGUCAUAUACAAUGACGAAUGUUACAGCUGUAAUGCAAAAGUACUCGAAUGCAAUAUGACGAGGCCCUGUCCAGAAACCACCACUUCGGAGCAAACAACAAGUAACCGAUUAUCUACUUUUCCACAUGAUGCAAAAACAAAGAACAAAGAGACCCUCGGAGAUAUUCUUCUUCCUCUGGGUAUCAGUCUGUGUGUCCUUCUUGUCAUAAGUAUAGCCAGUGUUAUACUUUAUAGAAAGCUGCGUACAUCUGCAAAACCCUGCAUCGCUUCAAUUGUUGCUGGCACUGUGACUAGAAACCAACCCCACAUUGAGAAUUAUGAGACACUAGCACAGGAUAAUAUUCAGUUCCAAUCCCCAUUAUAUGAUACUCUUACGUCCAAACAGGAGAACAUAGGAUCAAUUUCAGAGUCACUGAAAGAGAAAACUUCAGAUGUUCCCGUGGAAUAUGAGAACACCUUGCCUGGACCGUACUUCAAAUAACCUCACAGCAUGCAUUUUUAUGAAACGAAAUAUUCUAAGCUUUACGUUCAUAUAUCGAAGAAUGAUUCUUUGAGUUUUGAACCUUUUUCAUGAUUUGUAGAUAUACAUACAGUAGGAUUUGUGUAUAUAAAAUUUAAAAAGUAUGUCUUGAUAGGAAACUGUUA